AUUGAGGGGGAUGACGCAAUCGACAUUCAAGAUAUGAAUUUCUUGUAUGCUUAUUACAGGCGUCGGGAUAAAACAUUAGUCUCAUCGGUGCAGGAGGGCACAGUCGUGGAUACUUCCGCCGUUGUGGCUUCAGAAAUCACCAACCAAAGGAGGGCACGGUGCUACGAGCUUAAUUCACGGAAGUACAUUGAACGUGUAGUUUUGGCACAGAGGUCACAGCAGAAAAUAGCACUUUUGUGGCUUCUUGCAGAAUCUAUGCGGCACGCCUGGAAACUUUAUUUUCGUUUAGCUCAGCUCUAUGUGAACUACGUGCCUUUGUACCUACAGGCGGCUGGGGUUACCAUGGGGAAUGAGGAUGACAACGAUCUGAUGGAUAUUACCAAAAACAGGUAUUACGCCUAUUUUUCUUCUGGUACUUUUGACUACGAGUACUACACAUAUGAGUUUAUCCAUAAGUGGGAGACUCUUUUUGGGAAUGUUCAGAAUUAUCUUUUUGAUGGAGGUACUGGAUCGGUGGGGAGUGUUGGCUUUGCUGCCACGCUUCUGCACUCUAUGGAGCUCUUUGAGCGGCAACAUGAGUUGCAGGUGGGAGUGCGGGAGGUGGAACAGUGGCUGCAUUUAUGUUGGAAGCGCAUGAAUACAGCCGCCGUGCUCAUGUCAUCCCCCAUUCCCACAGUCACCGCCACCAACACGAUGACAAUGACUAGUAGUAGCAGUAUUAGUGAUUCUGGUACUCCGGAUACGGCUGCCGGCUUGCAGCAUGACGAUACCGCCAAUGGAGAUGAGACUAUCGAGCACAACAGAAAGGAAUGCGAGCAGCAACUAGUUCUCACAAAUCCUGUAGACGCCACACUCACGUCGGUCAACAUGAGGAGGGAUGCGAUGACGCAUGUUCCUAUCGACUGGUGGGGCGCGCAGGACGCGGAUGUUCGGGCUCAUGUCAGUUGGAAUCGAAAGAAACGGAAGUUGCUUCAAAUUUGCCUCGGAAGGGCGGCGCUACGUCAGACGGUGCCAGCGGAGGGUCCAGACAACAUCGCCAGCAGCCCGAAGGGCACUUCACCGCAGCUGCAGGCAUGGAUGCCGGGGGCGCUCGAACCCAUUAUGGAGGACAACGGCGAUGAGGAGGCGCAGCCAUACCGCGUUGUCAACGUUGGAUGCUUCGGCUUCUCGUUCUUUUCACGAUGGGAUUAA